GUCACAGGCUAUGCUAUCAAAUUCUAGAUAAAAGUCAAUGAUAAAAAAUAAUUCCUAAGAGAUAUUCUAGUGGUCCAAGUACUUUUUCUUAAUCCUAAUGGAAAAUAUGAUUUUUUUCCUCACUUUUGAAAGAUAUUCAAAGAAUUUUAAGGUCAAAGUUCCACCAGUUUGUAACCAUUAUAAUGUGUGAUUCAUCCAAAUUGUUAGUUGGCCUUGACUGCUGAAUGUGUCUUCCUUCUCUGUAUUACUGUCACAAAUGGGGGAAGUGGGAACUAGGGUAUAAGAGAAAAAGGGUAAUUGAAUGUCUGAGAGGGAACAGUGUGAAAGCCUUUUGGCUUUGGAAAAGUGCAUUCCUAUUUAUCAUUGGAACUAAACUAACUGGUUAGAGCAGGCCUGACUUAAGAUUGGAGCUGGGAAUGGACUCUAAGUGCACUCUCACUAAAGAUUUGACAUGUGGUUAUUCAUUUGUUUGCCUCUUCAUCAGAUAGACAUCCAGUUUUAUAAUGAAGUCUACAGCAUGUUUAUUGUGCUGUCUCAGAGCUGCUGGUCACCCUGAACUAAAAGUAUCCCAGGAGAGUGGGAGUGGCUUAUUGAACUCAGAAGCAGGCCACAUGUGCUCUAGCGAUUCUGUUAACAUCCCCCAGUUCAGUCAUUCAGCAAACAUUCAUUGACCUCUCCCAAGGGUGCUGAUAUAAGCCUGUUCUGCAAAGAUGAAGGUGACAUAGCAACUGCCUACCAGAAUUCCCUGUUUAAGGAGCUAGGAAGGAAGUAACAAGACCAUUAAGAUAUCAGGUGGUGGCAGAGCUGGAAGCACUGAGGAAGGGGCAUUAAGGCAGUUAAGGGGAUUCCUGAGGUUUCCAGAGGAGGUGACCACUGAGCUGACUAUGGAAAAGAUUGAGAGAACAGUACCUAAGGAAAGAGAUGAGGCUUUUAGACUUUCUCCAUUUUGGUGCUCUCUUUAGGGAGACCAUGGCUAACCAUUCCCAACAGAUAUAUCAGCCUUUUAAGCUAAACUUCUCAGAAUGAGGUCUGACUAAUUCUUUCUACAAGUAGUUCUCAGCAGAUCUCCAAUUCAGGAAAUUCUUGCUUAUAUUUAAUUUAUAUCCACUCUCCUCCUGGGAAUUCAAGAUCUGUCUCUGAGUUCUGAUUUUUGUGGAAAUCAUGAGAGGGGUGUUGAUGAGGAAGUGGAAAGAUUUGUGAAUUUAUCCCACAUUGCCUUUGGGAGUCAAAAUGUUCAGUGCUGUGUGGAGGAGCUCACUGGUAAGGAGGCACAAUGCAAUUUCCUUCUACUAUUUUCUGUUUUUGGUUAUUUCUCCCAUGAGAUAGUGUCUACAAACUGGUUAUAUUAGCCAGUAGGUGGGGUGCUUUAUUAGAAAUAGUGGGACCUGGUAAAUAUGUAGAGGCGAACUAACUUUAUUAUGAAAAAUGUUUAGAGUGUUUUAUAUUUAUAGCUUUCUCUAUGAGAGCCUGCAUGGGAAUCCAUAAUCUUGAUUAGAUUCUAUGUAGUUUACUUUUACUGGGAUGCCUUGUGGAGAGGCACACUUUGUGACUAAAUACUGCCAGUCAGAACUUAAAUUUGUUUUGUAAAACAGCUGUCCAAGUCAUUGCAUGCCUCUGUUGAAUGAUUAUUAUUUAUGAUGGGUCUCAGCUCUCUGUGGGCAUUAAAAGGUAGGUGUAUAAUUUCAAGGUUUCUCUUCAGACAUAGUAAAAUCUACCUAGUGGGGCAUGGAGGAAGUGCUGCACACAAAUUGUAAACUUCUCGAAUGAGCUUUCUAUUGUAACCAAGCAACUGACACAUUAGACUCCCCUUUGCCAUCAGCUUACAUUCUCUGAGAACUUAGGUCAGUGCCUAAAAUAACCCUGCUAGUUGUGAGGGGCACAUGUGGACUGGAAUUCCAGUUAACAGUCUGGGAGCUGAGGGACUGAGGAUUUGAAAGCUUACUGUAAGUUAACAGUUCAUAACACGCCUCUAGGCAGUUAGGCCCAAAGCCUCAAAGUGUUCAGGUAUGGAAAGAAAGUUGUAUGUUGUGUUUUAUAUUCUCUGUUUGUAAAGCUGGUUAACCAGUGGCAACUGGUUAAAAACCAAAUGUACUUGAGUUACAAGAUCUGGGCUUUCAGUGCUCUGCUUUCAAACUCUUGGGCCGUGGUGGAGUAACGGACAGAAGCGGAUGGCUUGGCUGAGGAACGUGAAACUUCCGCAGCCUGUGUAGGACCCCUGGCACCUUGGAGCAGUGCAGUUCAGGACAUAUGUGAAGAUAUUUCUGAUCAUGUUGAACAAAUCCAUGCUCUCCUUGAAACGGAGUUCUCCCUGAAGCUGCUGUCCUACUCCGUCAACGUGAUUGUGGACAUCCACGCAGUGCAGCUCCUCUGGCACCAGCUCCGAGUCUCAGUGCUGGUUCUGCGGGAGCGCAUUCUGCAAGGUCUGCAGGACGCCAAUGGCAACUACACCAGGCAGACGGACAUUCUGCAGGCUUUCUCUGAAGAGACAAAGGAGGGCCGGCUUGAUGCUCUAACGGAAGUGGAUGACUCAGGACAGUUAACUAUCAAAUGCUCUCAAAAUUACUUGUCUCUGGAUUGUGGUAUUACUGCUUUCGAACUGUCUGACUAUAGUCCAAGUGAGGAUUUGCUCAGUGGCUUGGGUGAUAUGACCUCCAGCCAGGUCAAAACCAAACCUUUUGACUCUUGGAGCUACAGUGAGAUGGAAAAGGAGUUCCCUGAGCUUAUCCGAAGUGUUGGGUUACUGACGGUGGCUACUGACCCCAUCCCUUCCAACUGCAGCGAAGCAGUUGGUGAGGAGGCAUCUCAAGUAUCUCUUUCAGCAGAUGACAGAGGUGGAUGUGAGGAAAACAAUGCAUCCGCAGUCGAGGAGCAGUCAGGCUUGACGCAGGAGCUGUCAUCUUCAGGGGAAGCUCUGAAAAAGGGCGCUCCACCCUCUGUGGAGACUGUGAAGCAAGAUUCUGUUUCCUCCUCCCAACUUGGGGCAAAGAAUCAACAGCCUCUUCCUUGUGAAAAUGCAACCCCCAAGAGAUCCAUCAGAGAUUGCUUUAAUUAUAACGAGGACUCUCCCACACAGCCCACAUUGCCAAAAAGAGGGCUCUUCCUUAAAGAGGAGACUUUAAAGAAUAAUCUUAAAGGCACUAGUGUAAAGAAGCAGAUGGUUGAUCUCAAGCCUGAGAUGAGCAGAAGCACCCCUUCCCUGGUGGACCCUCCUGACAGAUCCAAGCUUUGCCUGGUCUUACAGUCUCCUUACCCCAACAGCCCUUCUGCUGCCAGCCAGUCCUAUGAGUGUUUGCAUAAGAUGGGGGUUGAGAACCUUGAAAACACAGUCAAAAGUUACAUUAAGGAGAUCUCCUCCAGCCUGGGGAGGCUUAACAACUGCCAUAAAGAGAAACCUCCACUUAAAAAGCCGCACAAGACCCCCAAAGAGGUACCUCCAUGCCAAACUCCUAAACGGGAACCCAGUUCAGGCAAGCAAGCCAAAAACAUCAGGAGCUCAGUAGUGCUGAAUGGAAUUCCUUCUUGUCCUUCCAAGGCCACAGAGGGGCCAGAAACAGAUUCUGCUUCCACAUCCUCACUUGAGCCGUGUAACCAGAGUAGCUGGAAUGCCAAGGUGCCAGUCCGGUCUGAAACAUCCAGUUCCCCACCCUUUACUCAAAGCAGUGAAUCCUCUGUUGGCUCCGACAACAUCACGUCUCCGGAACCCUUCCUCUCAGAACACAAAGGCAAAACAAGCCUCUCCUCCUCCCCAAGUCACGUCACCAGGAAUGGUCAGGUUGUGGAGGCCUGGUAUGGCUCUGAUGAGUACCUGGCACUGCCCUCUCACCUUAAGCAGACAGAAGUAUUAGCCUUGAAGCUGGAAAACCUAACAAAACUUCUGCCUCAGAAGCCCAGAGGAGAAACCCUUCAGAAUAUUGAUGACUGGGAACUGUCUGAAAUGAAUUCAGAUUCUGAAAUCUAUCCAACGUAUCAUGUCAAGAAGAAGCACAUGAGGCUAGGCAGGGUGUCUCCAAGCUCAUCCAGUGACAUAGCCUCUUCGCUCGGGGAGAGCAUUGAAUCUGGCCCCCUGAGCGACCUUCUUUCUGACGAGGAAUUGGGUCUGCCUCUCUCUGGCAUGAAAAGAUACACUGACGAGAAGUCAGAGAGAGCAUCAUCCUCUGAAAAAAAAGAGAGCCAUUCUGCUACCAAGUCUGCUUUAAUUCAGAAACUGAUGCAAGAUAUUCAACACCAAGACAACUAUGAAGCCAUAUGGGAAAAAAUAGAGGGGUUUGUAAACAAGCUGGAUGAAUUUAUUCAAUGGUUGAAUGAAGCCAUGGAAACCACUGAGAAUUGGACACCUCCUAAAGCAGAGACGGAUGGCCUUAAACUGUACCUGGAGACACACUUGAGCUUUAAGUUGAAUGUAGACAGCCAUUGUGCUCUCAAGGAAGCUGUGGAGGAAGAAGGACACCAACUUCUCGAGCUUAUUGCAUCUCACAAAGCAGAAGGACUGAAGGACAUGCUGCGGAUGAUUGCAAGUCAAUGGAAGGAGCUGCAGAGGCAAAUCAAACGGCAACACAGCUGGAUUCUCAGGGCUCUGGAUACCAUCAAAGCCGAGAUUCUGGCCACUGAUGUGUCUGCGGAGGGUGAGGAAGGGACUGAAAGCCCCAAGGCUGAGGUUCAACUAUGCUACCUGGAAGCACAAAGAGAUGCUGUUGAGCAGAUGUCCCUCAAGCUGUACAGCGAGCAGUACACCAGCAGCAGCAAGAGGAAAGAAGAGUUUGCUGAUAUGUCAAAAGUUCAUUCAGUAGGAGGCAAUGGGCUUCUGGACUUUGAUUCAGAAUAUCAGGAGCUCUGGGAUUGGCUGAUUGACAUGGAGUCCCUCGUGAUGGACAGCCACGACCUGAUGAUGUCAGAGGAGCAGCAGCAGCAUCUUUACAAGCGAUACAGUGUGGAAAUGUCCAUCAGGGACCUGAAAAAGACGGAGCUGCUUAGUAAGGUUGAAGCUUUGAAGAAAGGUGGCGUUUUACUACCAAAUGAUCUCCUUGAAAAAGUGGAUUCAAUUAAUGAAAAAUGGGAACUGCUUGGGAAAACCCUAGGAGAGAAGAUCCAAGACACAAUGGCAGGGCACAGUGGGUCAGGUCCACGUGACCUGCUCUCUCCUGAAAGCGGAAGCCUGGUGAGGCAGCUGGAGGUCAGGAUCAAAGAACUGAAAGGGUGGCUAAGAGAUACAGAGCUUUUCAUCUUCAAUUCCUGUCUGAGACAAGAAAAGGAAGGAACAAUGAAUGCUGAGAAACAACUGCAAUACUUUAAGUCCCUCUGUUGUGAAAUCAAGCAGCGACGUCGUGGCGUGGCCUCCAUCCUGCGAUUAUGCCAGCAUCUUCUGGAUGACCGAGAGACCUGCAAUGUGAACCCAGACCACCAGCCCAUGCAGCUGAUCAUUGUGAAUCUUGAACGAAGGUGGGAAGCCAUUGUCAUGCAAGCUGUCCAGUGGCAAACACGGCUACAAAAGAAGAUGGGAAAGGAAUCUGAGACCUUGAAUGUGAUUGAUCCUGGCUAUAUGGACCUAAAUGGGACAAGUGAGGAUGCCCUGGAAUGGGAUGAAACUGACAUAAGUAACAAGUUAAUUAGUUUGAAUGAGGAAUCAAAUGACCUCGAUCAAGAGUCCCAACCUGUCAUGCCUUCCUUAAAGCUUGAAGAGACAGGCAGUGAGGACCCCAGUUAUGAAGGAGAGGCUGGUGACCACGGAGCAGCUCAAUAUGCAUCAAGCAUCACUGCCCCAUCAAGUCCACACAUUUACCAAGUCUAUAGCCUCCACAAUGUUGAACUCUAUGAAGACAACCACAUCCCAUUCCUGAAAAACAGUCCAAAGUUCACUGGCAUGACACAGCCCAGUGUCUUAACCAAGAGUCUCAGCAAAGACUCUUCAUUUUCAUCUACCAAAUCUUUGCCAGAUCUUCUAGGGGGUUCCAAUUUGGUGAAGCCCUGCCCAUGCCACGGAGGAGACAUGAGCCAAAAUUCUGGCAGUGAGAGUGGAAUUGUCAGUGAAGGAGACACUGAAACCACUACCAACUCUGAAAUGUGCUUGCUCAAUGUGGUGGAUGGGUCCCCAAGUAACCCUGAAACCGAACAUCUGGACCCACAAAUGGGAGAUGCAGUUAACAUGUUAAAGCAGAAAUUUAAAGAGGAGGGGGAUCAAAUUAAGCUUCCAAAUAGCUCUCAGUUAUCCAUUUCACCAGUGAGUUGUGUAAAUGGAAAAGUUGAAGAUUUAAACAGUGUUACCAAACAUACCCCUGAUUGUUUGGGAGACGAAUUACAAGGAAAACAUGAUGUGUUUACAUUUUAUGAUUAUUCAUACCUCCAAGGUUCAAAACUCAGAUUACCAAUGAUAAUGAAACAGUCACAAAAUGAAAAGGCACACGUGGAGGAUCCCCUGCUUCAUGGUUUUUAUUUUGAUAAGAAGUCCUGCAAAUCUAAACAUCAGGCUACAGAGUUACAACCAGAUGCACCUCCACAUGAAAGGAUUUUGGCAAGUGCAGCCCAUGAAAUGGAUCGCAAUUCAUAUAAAAGUGGUGAGGUAGAGAAGACAUUGACUGGCAUGCAGAAUGCCAGACAGCUGUCCCUUUUAUCUCAUAGCUCAUCUAUUGAGUCUCUUUCUCCAGGGGGUGAUUUAUUUGCAUUGGGCAUCUUUAAAAAUGGCACUGACAGCCUCCAGCGAAGUACUUCUUUAGAAAGUUGGUUGACCUCUUAUAAAAGCAAUGAAGAUCUUUUUAGCUGUCACAGCUCUGGGGACAUAAGUGUGAGCAGUGGCUCAGUUGGUGAACUGAGUAAAAGAACAUUAGAUCUCCUGAAUCGUUUGGAGAAUAUCCAGAGCCCUUCAGAGCAAAAGAUAAAGCGAAGUGUUUCCGAUAUCACCCUUCAAAGCAGUUCCCAAAAGAUGUCCUUUACUGGCCAGCUGUCAUUGGACAUAGCAUCUUCUAUCAAUGAAGACUCGCCAGCAUCUCUUACAGAACUUAGCAGCAGUGACGAGCUCUCUCUUUGCUCAGAGGAUAUUGUGUUACACAAGAACAAGAUCCCGGAAUCGAAUGCAUCAUUCAGGAAGCGCCUGACUCGGUCGGUGGCUGAUGAAAGUGAUGUCAAUGUCAGCAUGAUUGUUAAUGUCUCUUGCACCUCUGCUUGCACUGAUGAUGAAGAUGACAGUGACCUCCUCUCCAGUUCUACCCUCACCUUGACAGAAGAGGAGCUCUGCAUCAAAGAUGAGGAUGAUGACUCCAGUAUCGCCACAGAUGAUGAAAUUUAUGAAGAAUGCAACUUGAUAUCAGGGCUGGACUAUAUCAAGAAUGAGCUGCAGACCUGGAUUAGACCAAAGUUCUCCUUGACAAGAGAUAAGAGAAGGUGCAGUGUCAGCGAUGAAAUAAGGGGCAGUAAAGAUGUAAGUAGUAGUGAGAUGACUGAUUCCUCAGAUACCCUGAACAUUGAGGCCCUUCUGAAUGGCUCCAUAAAACAUCUCUCUGAAAAUAAUGGAAAUGGGAAGAAUUUACUCCACACCCGCGAGUUAGGGACAAAGGGUGAAAAUAAGAAAAAUAUUUUCAAAGUUAAUAAAGAUCCAUAUGUGGCAGACAUGGAAAAUGGAAAUAUUGAAAGUACUUCAGAAAGGCAGGACAAAAUGAAUGAGAUUCCAAAGGAAUCAGAAAAUCUUGGUUCAACUGGGAAGAGGAUUCCGGAGAGUGAGCAUUGUAAGUGCAAAGCAUUUAUGGACAGCUCAGAUGAUUCAAAUAUUGCCAUAAAGGACUCUCUUCCCCAAACUAUUAGACACCUUCCAAAGAAAUGUCAAAAGUACCACCAUUUUGAAAAUCAAAGUACUGCUUCUCCUCCCACCGAGAAGUCUUAUCCAGAACUGCCUUCGAAAACCAGUGCUAUCAACAGACAGGACGCUGAUGUACUGAAAUCUUCAUCCACUGAUGCACCAAAUGUGGCUGAAAAAUCUGCUGAUUGCUGCCUAGCAGUUGAACAGAAUGAAACAGAGGGAAAUGUUUCCACUGGUGACCACUUUUCCUGUUGUGACUGUGAGCCAGAUGUUUUCCAUCAAAAAGAUGCUGAGGAUGGUUCCGUACACGACUUUGUUAAGGAAAUCAUCGACAUGGCUUCAACGGCCCUCAAAUGUAAAUCUCAACCUGAAAAUGAGGUGGCGGCUCCCACUUCAUUAACUCAAAUCAAGGAGAAGGUAUUAGAACAUUCUCAUCGGCCCAUCCAGCUGAGAAAAGGAGACUUUUAUUCCUACUUAUCUCUCUCAUCUCAUGACAGUGAUUGCGGCGAGGUCACUAGUUACGUAGAAGAGAAGAGCAACACUCCAUUGCCACCGGACAUGACCGACUCUGGCUCAGAAGACAAGGAAGACACUGAAUGCUUCUUCGAGGCCUGUGUUGAGGACAAUCCUGAUGAAGACAAACCCUGUUUCUCCAGCGCUCCUCCAAAUGAAACCGCAGUUCCUGGUGAAGCUCCAGGGCCACUACAAGCAGCAGCAGGCUCUUCCGAGUUCAGUAAUACACCUCUCCUAGCUGAUCAUGCAGACAUAGUGGCUCUUUCAAGUCCUCCCCUUCCACAAGGAGGUGGGGUUGGACAGGAAGUGGAUGGUGCCCCCCAAGCUUCUAAUGUCUGUGGAAAAAGCUCAGAGUUAACUACUCCUUCAAGGAUAGGCAGUGAAAAGGAGAGUUCAGAAAAUCCAGGUGAGUCUGGAAUGCCAGAAGAACAUAAUGCUUCUUCAACCAGAUCUGGAGUUCCAGAACUCUCCUCGAAGGCACAGCAGCCAAAAGAUAAGGCUGCAGUGCAUCCUGACCCCCAAACUCUAACCUGUGAAGAAAAUCUUCUAGACCUUCAUGAAGAACGACAUAGAAAUAUGCAUAGGUAGAGUGUAACCCUCUCCAAGCAUGAAACUCAUCUCAUUGAAAGAUAAGCCUGGCUGCAACUCAGGGGUGGCCUCAUGCUCCCACCCUGGGCUGGUCUUCGGUUCCAUCACGUCACUGCCGUUUGUUACACUGACCUCUCCCACAACGAGUCUUUCUUCUAAAUGCGGUUGUCCACAUGAGCCUUGUGAUCUGGAUGUGUGCACUGGUUCUCUUUAGGUGAUUGUCUUUGAAGUUCAGCAAAGCUGCUUGUUCUCCCAUGAAUUCCUGUCCCAAGCUACCUCUACCGACCCCACCUCUCCAGCAAGACUUUUUAGUUUGCCUUCUCCCCUCCCCCUCUACUCUUUAAAAUUCUGCAGUUCACCAAAUUGAUGGUCCAUUAAAUUCACCUGUCUGGAAUGACCCCCUGCUGGUACUUGACCAAUUUCGUGUAUCAAUCUGGAUUUUUUUUUUUAUGGUAUGAUGCCUAUGUUUAUGGAAAGAGGUAUAUCUAAAAGGCCAAUAUUUGAUUUUACUGCAGCAUAGAGAAGAAACACUGGUCCUUCUUUCAAAAUUAAGCAACUUUUAAAAGCGCCACUUUAUUUCAUUUUAAAGAUAAUAAUCUAUGCAGCACUUCAGGAAACAACUAUAUAGUGUUGUAUAUUAUAAACUGGUGACAUUCUACUAUUAAAUUAUGUACAACAUUUUUUGUUUUUUAUGCUUCUUGAGGUGGUAAUGAGAAAAAAGUUUUUUAAAAAAGUGUGCCUUGCUGUAUUUCUUAUACCAUUUAUUAAAAAGCUGCUUUCAUGGUAAAAUUAUGUUGGUUUGAAAGGAGGAAAUAGCAAGGUUAAGAGGUGUGAAUAAUCUCUGUAUAUAUGUAUAACCAAGUACAAACAUUGAUGUAUAAUGACAGUAUAAAAUGCUUUCAUGUUUGUGAUGUCUAGUGAUGUGGAAAAUAUAAGCCUUAAAUCCAUUAGAUUGCAUGGUAAUUAAAAUUGGCAUAAUAAACAUAGUUUAUUGGGGGAAAAGGAAAAUUAGUGAUCUCUUCUACCUGUGUUCUUUACCAAAUUAUUGCAUCUUGUUCUGAAAAAAUUGUAACAUGUAGCAGCUUCCAAAAUAUCCAUAUUACAUAAGGGAUUUAAAAUUACUUAAACUACACAUAAAGCUUUCACAAUUUUGAAAAAUCUUUCUGAUCACAAUAAAGAUCUUGGAACACAAAUGAUUAAAUGACAGUUCCCCUAAAACAAUAAAAAUUUAUCUUUUUUAUUUCUACUUAUCAUUUAUGACUUAGUGUUACAUUUCAGGGUAUCUAGAAUAUCUUAUAUUUAUUUUAUGUAAUUCCUUUGAAUGAAAUUGACAAAAAGAUGGUAGAAAGGAUAAAAAAAAGUCAAUUAUUUUUUGAUUUAGACCUUAUAUUCCAGGUGUAUUUAUUUUGUGUAAGAGAAAUUAGCUAAGAAACAGUUCAUUUGGUCUUUACUGCUCUUGUUAAAUGUAGUUUUGAAUUUAUAUCCUAAUGCCUACUAGAGUGCCUGACACAUAGUAGGUACUCAAUACAAAUUUGCUGAAUUGAAGUAUUGAAUUAGGUAAUAUAUAUGACAUCUAUCUUUUUAUUUUGAGAAAGCUACACUAAAACAAAUACACAGAAAAAAGAUGUAAAGCAAUAUAAAACCACAUGUAUAAUCAAUAUAUGUCAAAUUUCAAAAAGAAAUAAUGUGGAUUCAUAUAAUAAUGACAAUCAUUCAUUCAACUGACAAUUUAUUAAUAUCUUUUCUCUGCAAGGCACUAUUCUAGAUGUAGGGGAUGCGGUGAUAAACAAAAGCCCUGCCCUCAGGAGGCUUACCUACGUUAUGGAGGAACUCAGUGAGCAUUGAGUUGUCCUGCAGGUGAGGAAGAGAGCAAAGGGGUGAAAGAGGCAGAGAGACAGAAGGAGCAAGGAGGGACAAGGAGGAAGAAAAGGGUUAGAAGAGAGCAGGACGUUAGACAGUAGAAAAUAGUGAAGAUUCACUGCAGGGAUAAUAGGAGAAUAGGUAAAUUGAGAGACUUAAUGAAGGGUCUUUUUAAAAGUUCAGCUGGAGUUUUUGAAUGUAAUAUGCUAGGUAGUCAGGAAGUUUGGUAGAGUCUUUGUUUCCGCACCUGAUCUUAGUAUUAGACCUCUAUUACCACACCAAGGACAUUUAAAAAAUACUGGUCUCUAAUUCUUCUACUUAACGAUUCUUAAUGUUGUUGGGACCUUCUAAUCCUUUCCAUACAUAUUUCUGAAUUGAUGAAUCUGUGCUCCCUUCAGCAGCACACAUACUAACUUGAUGAAUCCUUCUAGGCUUUUUUAGUGGGUAGUAAUUUGUUCAAAGGGAAUUUUAGGCAGACAUCUAGCUGCAGUACUCAGAAUGGUUAUGGGGGGAAAAGAUUAGAGAUAAAUUAGAGGCAGCUGUAGCAAAUACGCAGGGCUUGAGAUGAGAGGAUACCGGAGCAUGCAGAGAUGGCAGCCGGGCUGUAGAGAAAGACCAAAUCCUAGAGUCUUCGAAAUCUAAGAGCAUCUCCAUAGAGGUAUGGGAUUAUUUUAUAACCUGAGACAACCUAAAUUUUCCUCAGGUAGUAACUGAUAAUGCCAUGUCUAAGUCUUUUGGUAAAUCAUUCAGAGAUCAAACUGACCAAGAUGUUCUGUUUACCUGUUAUAUGCUCAUUGAAGACUCUUGAGGUAUGGAAGAUAUGUGUUUAUUAAUUAUCCACUUAGUAUUGACACCGAAUUUGUAGGAUGACUUUCGGGUUUAUUGAACGAUGCCUUUUCAGGUUGGAAGGGAUAGGAUAGCCUUAAUCUCUUGCUCUGCGUGGGCUCUACCCACCCCUCAACCCCCCAUCACCACUGAAAAUGGUCUCACUAACUCUGCCUACACAUGUUCAGUGACAGUGGCUCGUUAUCUGUCAAGGCAAACUGAUACUGUUGGAUGUGUCUCUUUGUUAGAAAGUUAUUUUUUAAGUUGCUAAAAUCUGCAGAGUUCCACUGUACCCCUCCCUGCCUUUGAUGUUGCUCACCGGUCCUGGUUCCGUCCUGAUGAGCAGCUCAGAGUAGCUCCACUCCUUUCUUAUGGCAAUCCUGAAGAUACCUGAGACCUGUUACUCACUCUCCCCCAGCUGCUGUGAUUUCUGUUUCAUUUCUUCCGCCUCCCUUCACAUGCCAUGAUUUUCAGAUCCAUUUCAACCUGACUGAAUGUUACCAGACAGAAUCCUUAAAAUUGAGGAACUGUGAUCACCAUACAUGUAGAAAAAUAUCUGAACAUUUAAGUGGUAAGUUUUCUCUAAAAAUAUAUUCAAGAUAUAUGUUUAUUCUAUUAUUGUAUAUUUCAAUAAAUAAAUAAGUAAAUAAA